AUGGUACAACUACGUCUCGCAACACAGUCUGCUCCGACUUCUCCAAUAGUAGACAAUAAACUCACAUUCGAAAAAGUCAGACACUGGACAUGGGAACAAGUCUCUCACUGGCUACAAGAGAAUAAUUUCAAGGAAUAUGAGAGGUUAUUUGCUGAAAAUGACAUCAACGGCGACGUCCUGCUCGAACUCGACCACCAAAUAUUAAAAGAACUUCAAAUACGGUCGAUUGGAGAUAGAAUUCGAUUAUUAGCUGCUGUUCGUAUGCUACUUAAAGCAUGCUCAGCCAACGUCCAUAAUCCAUACAAGGACGAUCCGCCAUCUCCUACAAGUGACAAGAAAAUACCAAAGUUCCGACUCAAAUUUCUCAAAAACGUUGCACGGCGUCAGUCUAAGGCAAUUUAUAAUACUAACAGUCAGACAGAUUUAUGUUAUACGCCGGAGGCAUUGUCGUUUCCGGUAGUACCGCUUGCCAGGUCUAGCUCGUUGUCGAGUACAGUGUCGAGCAAGUCUUUGAAGAGAAGCAAUUCGGCAGGAUCACCAAGAACACCAAAUACACCAAAGUCGCCACAGUCCAACAAAGUUUGGGAGGCCUUGCUGCAGUCUAAGGGCUUGAGUUUUCUAAAGAUGAAUAAUUCUUCUAAUGACGGAGGAGCUGCAAAUGAUAAUUUAAAGCAGCAUUUUAUAAAAGUUAUCAGCGAGAGUCAAACAAAAACAAUAAAUAUACAAAAUGCGAAUGAUGCCAAGUCUAUAUUCGCCAAAGUAUUAACAAAAUUUAACAUCACAGAUGAAGUUGAGAAAUAUUCUCUAUUUGUUUCAGAUACGCAUUCCGAAGCUGCCCACAAGUUAAAAGAUGAUGAACUAGUAGAAAUCUGCCGUGAUCCUGACAGGCCUGAGCGCAACCGCCUAGUCCUGCGUAAAAUUCAUCAACAUCUGAGUCAUGAAGAUUAUAUGCGCAUCCGACAAAACCGCAAACUACAACGUUUCUUUGGAGAAAAAGUUCCAACAACGCCACAAGGGUUCUCCCAGAAGAAACUCAGAAACUUUUUCGGUCAGCGACCACCAUCAGAAUUGAUUUCAUUGAAUCUCACAGAAUAUUUUCCCGGACAUAAUAGUGAAGAGUUGGAAAGAAGUCAUAGAAUGUCGAUGAGGAGGGCUUCGAGGCCGUCAGGACCGUCGAGACCAAAAUCGAGGACUGUUUCUAGAUUAUAUGAGAAUGAGUCAUUAUCCUCGUCAUCAUCGUCAUUUACUCUAGUGCCGUCUGUGCAAGGUGAUGAUUGUUCGUGUCAUGAACUGCCUAUACUUGAAGAAGAGCGUAACAACGAGUUUCAGGUUAUGGAAGAUGAGGAAGUUGAGGAGAGUUGGAAUCCAGAUGCCGAUACUGAUAGUACUGAUACAUCGGAUCUAACUCCUUUCAGGUGGAUCAAAGGAGCACUUAUUGGAUCAGGUUCCUUUGGCAACGUGUAUCUCGGCUUGAAUUCUGCAACCGGAGAACUGAUGGCUGUAAAGCAAGUCGAAUUACCAACCGGACAAUCUGCAAAUGAAAACAGAAAGAAAUCAAUGUUGGAUGCAUUACAAAGAGAAAUUACACUGCUGAAAGAGCUGGAUCAUGAGAAUAUUGUCCGAUACCUUGGCUCGCAACACGAUGAAAAGAGUCUCAACAUUUUCUUAGAAUACGUUCCGGGUGGUUCAGUAUCCUCCAUGCUGAGAAACUAUGGUCCACAGGAGGAAACACUUGUACGGUCAUUCGUCCGACAGAUAUUGACAGGAUUGAAUUAUCUACAUGAACGAGAUAUAAUUCAUAGAGAUAUAAAGGGUGCCAAUAUACUUGUUGAUAAUAAGGGAGGAAUUAAGAUUUCAGACUUUGGAAUAUCCAAGAAAGUUGAAGAUGAAUUCAUGGCGGCUACAUCGGCACAUCGUCCAUCGCUUCAGGGUUCGGUGUUUUGGAUGGCACCAGAAAUCGUAAAGCAGACACAUUAUACGACCAAAGCAGACAUAUGGUCACUCGGGUGUCUGAUUGUCGAAAUGUUUACUGGUGACCAUCCAUUCCCUAGUUAUGAUCAGAUGCAGGCAAUGUUCAAGAUUGGAUUAUCGUGUGCCCCAGAAAUACCGGAUAAUAUAUCACAUGAUGCAACGGACUUUUUGCGUUUGACUUUUGAAGCUGAUCAUAUCAACAGACCACCUGCUAAUGUACUGCAGGUUCAUCCAUUUGUAACAACAACGCUUAAAUCAUCUCCACAACCCUCUCCUUAA